ACAGAGAAGAUUGCACCGCCGCGCCCCGGACAUGGCUCUCAGUCGGAUCGCCAUCCUCGCACUGGCUUUGCUGCAGUGGGCGCCCUCGGUCGCGUAUCCCACGGGAGCGCCUGAGAGCGCCUGUGAGAGCAUGGCCCCGAAGCACAAGAACGUCUCGCCACAAACAAGCGCCUCGCCUUACAGCAUCACCGCCUCCAACAGCUCGUUCAAGGCCGACCAGAAGGUCCAAGUUACAAUAACUGGUGAACCUUACCAGGGACUACUGCUACAGGCAAGAGAGAUGUCAAAAAGUACUGCAGUUGGUACAUGGGAGGCUCCUCCGAACAAUACAAAACCAAUAAAGUGCUUCAACGUAAUGAACAGUUCAAUUACUCACUCAAACACUUACCUGAAAACGAAUGAAACUGUUUACACCUGGAUCCCACCAUCAUCAAACAAAUGUAUCAAGAUUCAGUUUGUAGCCACAGUUGCAAAAAACAAAGCUACAUAUUGGUUAAAUGUCAGAUCUCCGCAAUUAUAUGAUGAAACCUGCUCCAGUUGUGUGAAAAUCAUACCAGGAUUCACUCUUCUGUUGUUCACUAUGAUGUGGUCUAUUAUAAGCCAAUAGUGUUCAGCAACAGACUUUCUGAAGACUUAUUUAGUCAAUGACGAAAGAAGAUGCCUUUAUGCAAAUUAUGUAAACUAGCUUAUUAAACUUAAGGAUUCUUUUUUAACGGAAGUACACAAAAAACUGGAACUUUGCAAUACAGAUCUAAACAUAGAAUAAAAUAAUGUGACUGAUGAUUUGCAUUUUUAAAUUAGAUUUUCCCCAUUGUAAGCCCAAAUUGUUAAGCUUAAUAAAUUUAGUAGUAAUUUCAUCCUCCCACAUUCUGACACUGUAGUCAAUUGCUAGAUUUUAUUUACAAAAUGCAAAGAUAUAAAAUUAUGAUUUAAUAAUUGUGAAUGAAGGUUAGAGCUGAAUGCGGAAAUAAAUAACAUUGACAAGGAUUGGAUAAGAUGGAUAUAUGACCUAAAUGUAAACUGCAUACAUUUAAAAAUUAUGAUCGUGCACUGGUCUUAUGUUAAAAAUCACAAGUAUACAAUUGAUUUUGAUGACAAUGAAUGUUCUGUAAAAUUGUAUUACUGAUUUUUUGAUAUUGGUAAUGUAUGUAACAUUAUAAGUUUUUUCUGUAACAUGCAAAUGUGUUUUUUAAAGGGAAUAAAGGGAAUUUUGCUGU